AUCCGGGCGGGCGGCGGCGUGAGCGCGCCCGCGCGGCCCCGCGGCACUAGGUGACAGCUCAGAUGUGUCCACGUCAACACUGAGCGGAGCCGCGAUGGAUCCCGCAUCUCUGGAGCCCAGCUUGUACACGGUGAAAGCCGUUUUCAUUCUUGACAAUGAUGGCAACAGACUUCUGGCAAAGUACUAUGACCCUGAGCUCUACCCCUCCAUGAAAGAACAGAAGAACUUUGAGAGGAACGUUUUCAACAAGACACACAAAGCAGACAAUGAGAUAGCCUUCCUGGAGGGAAUGACCAUCGUGUACAAGAGCAGUAUCGAUAUCUUCUUCUACGUGGUUGGCAGUGUGCAGGAGAACGAGUUGAUGCUGAUGUCAGUGCUGAAUUGCCUGUUUGAAUCUCUCAGUCAGAUCCUCAGGAAGAAUGUGGAGCGGAGGUGUUUACUAGACAACAUGGAGGGAGUGUUCCUGGUGGUGGACGAAAUCAUCGAUGGAGGGGUGAUCUUGGAGAGUGACCCGCAGCAGGUCCUACAGAAGGUCAACUACAAGGCAGAUGAGAAUCCGUUAUCUGAACAGAGCGUAGCCCAGGUUCUACAGUCGGCCAAAGAGCAGAUCAAGUGGUCCAUACUGAAAUGAGCUGUACUGGAUCGGACCGGAUCAGACCAGAAUGUUUGAGUUUUCGAGUGGCCUGCGCUCGUUCUUCUUACACUCAUCAACAAAACACAGGAACUUUUCUAACAGCAGCAAGCUCGCGACUCUUUGUUUUGGUUCAUUUAUUUCUCUUUUUUUUUCUUGGAAUUUUCCCUUUUUCUCCCCGGUUGUAUCCAGCCAGUUACUCCACUCUUCCGAGCCGUCCCGGUCUCUGCUCCACCCCUUCUGCCGAUCCGGGGAGGGCUGCAGACUACCACAUGCCUCCUCCCAUACAUGUGGAGUCACCAGCCGAUAUUCCCCCCAGUUCCCCCUCCCCCCUGAACAGGCGCCCCAACUCACCAGAGGAGGCACUAGUGCAGCGACCAGGUCACAUACCCACAUCCGGCUUCCCACCUGCAGACACGGCCACCUGUGUCUGUGGGAACGCCCGACCAAGCCGGACGCGACACGGGGUUUGUUUCUUUCUGUACUUGCCUGUAAGAGACUUGAGGGGCGCUGGUGUGGGUCUGAAGUGAUGUUCUGUGUCGUGGCGAGCUGGCGUGGAAGAAUGAGUGGAGAGGCAGAGCUCUCUUUAAUGGCAAGCCCCGUACACCGCACGACCCCGGGAGUGCUCUUUUAUUUACACACCAACAGAACAGACAACAAACAACACAACGAUGUCCCCGCCGAUGUCACAACUGACGACAUCGGUCCAAGUCACGGUCCUAAGGUCAGCAGUCAGUAACAGUCCUCUACCCAGUCUGAGGCAAGCCCCCAGACAAACAAGUCAAGUCACUUUUAUUUGUAUAGCCCAGUAUCACAAAUUACAAAUUUGCCUCAACACAACAUCCCGUCCUGAGACCCUCGCAUCAGCUGAGGAGCAAGUCAAUAACCACAACACGAACACAGCUUUUAAACAUAAAUCAUAACAAGUUCAGUAACACCAACAGUCCCACGAGCCCCUGCACUCCCCCAGCACGGAGCUGCCACCAGUCCGAGCCACCACCUCCUCCGGUCACCACAACAUGAAGACCGUCCGUGGGCUUUUCAGAAGAGAUGGGGGGGGGGAUUUUAACGAGCCAGUAGCUUUUAAAAACUAACUGGAUGGGUUGUGGAGAUGUAUUUCCCAUG